AGUUUAUAAUAUCAAAAACAAUUUCUGUUUUUACUGUGACUUUUAUUUUGAAAUGUCGUCAUAUCUCCGCGGCGCACAGACACAGCUGAGUGUUAAGGUGGAAGCACGUUAAGGUGGAUUCAAGCGAUAAAGCCAUUGUGAUCUGUUAUUUUAGUUGUUCUAACAGUUUUAUACAGACUGGAGAAACAGGAGAUUUACUGAAGAAAUUGAUGCUGUCCUGUUUCAAGUCUACUUCUGUUCCUAGCCUCUUUUCUAGUUCAGAAAUCAAAGGAUUUUACAAAGAUUUGAAGCUGUUGGAAGGAGAAAGGAGAAGAACAUGGAAUUUGUAGAAAUCUCCAGCACUCAGCCGACGUCCUCCUCUGCACCUGACGGAGAAAUCCAGAACAAUACAGACGAGAAGAAAAUUUACCAGUGCUUAGACUGUGAAAAGAGUUUCAGUCAAGUGAGUUAUCUUAAAGCACACCAGCGCACUCACACCGGAGAGAAGCCAUUCGAGUGCUCGGAGUGUGGGAUGAGGUUUAUUCAUCAGAGCAAUCUCAGCACACACCUGCGCAUUCACCUGGGAGUGAAGCCGUUUCAGUGCUCAGAGUGUGGAAACAGCUUCAGACAUCGCUCUAAUCUCAAAACGCACCAGCGCAUUCACACUGGAAUAAAACCGUAUCUCUGUGCAGAGUGUGGGAAGAGCUUCAGUCAGCAGAGUGCACUGCGGCAGCACCAGAGUAUUCACCGAGGAGAGAAACAGCAUCACUGUUUAGAGUGCGGGAAGAGCUUUAAUCACCCGAGUACGCUCCGGCAACACCAGCGCAUUCACACCGGAGAGAAACCGUAUCAGUGCGGCGAGUGCGGGAUGAGCUUCGUCCAGCAGAAUCAUCUCAUCGAACACCAGCGACUUCACACUGGAGAGAAACCCUAUUACUGCUCAGACUGUGAGAAGAGCUUCAGGCAUAUAAGUUCAUUCACGACACACAAGUGCAUUCCAGGACCCAGCCCUGAUGUACAAAACUUAGACAACUAGUUAAUAAACUCUUAAGCCCUAUCUGGACGAUCCUGGGUUAAUUAUCUCUUUUAUUGGGUUUUUAUCCUCUGUGAUUUUAUUCCCGUCCAGAACGAUCACGUACAUGUUUUUUCUUAGAUGUCCUUUGAGAUAAAAAAAUUACAGGCUGAAUUAUCUACUGUUUUUCUCUGAACUCCGUGCUCCUCCGGUAAUUUUAGUCCCGUCCGGACGCACAUCUCUGAGUUUCGUCUCCUCGCCUUUAAUAAAAUAGAUAUUUGUCCACUGCAGCGCACCAUAAUUACACUUUGGGCGCGCCACGGUUUCCAGGGAGAUCCACGUUAAAAACACAACAGCGAGUGGAAAUGGAGGAGCUACUGAACGAGAAAAAAAGCCUAAAAACUCACUGGUACUCCUAUUUUUACAAUUGCAGUCCGGAUGCAGGAGUUUUAUCACUAAAGAGUAGAAGUGUGAAAUAUUUUACACAGACACCCCCCCUGAGAAACGAAUCCCAUCCAGAUAGGGCUAUAAAAAACAUGCUUUAUUUAUGUAAAUUAGGCAUAUUAUUAUAAAAGAAAGUAGAAUGUUACAUUUUUAAAAUAAAAAAAGCAAUUGUGCGAUGAGUUUACCUGCUUUGGUGUGAAUGAAAGUGAAUAGGUGCACUGAAUAAGCAACAGCAAGACAACCCAUCAGUCAGUCACGCUUAAAUGUAUGAUGCAUGACAUCUAAAAAGUACUCAAAAAACACUUUGGUUACUCACAUAAUACUCAAAGAAAAUUUGUGAAAUUUCGGAAAGUUCUGCAUUGCUGAAAACGACACAAACUAAAUGGCAACAAAGAGGACUAUCUAAAAAAACUUAUAAAUAAUAGUCUUUCAUGCACGACAGCUGGAGCUCAUUACUUUAUUUCAAAAAGUAAAAAUAAAACACAAAAGUAUUGUAAAAUAUAUUGUAUUAUUGCAACUUGCAUUUUAGACUUUUUAAAUUGGCUGUAUAAAAUAUUUAGUGUAAAAGGUGCCAUAAUUAAUUAUUCAGCCUGUUCUCUAGGCAAACUCUGUGAUGUAUUGUUAUGCAAGCGUCUGUCUUUUAAUUGAUAACUAUUGUUUCUGCAUUAAUAUUUUCUAAAAAAAUUGGGACGCUGUAAAAAAUGUAAAAAAAAAAAAAAAACUAUAACAACUCAUAGAUUCAGAUUGUAAAUGGCAACAACACGUAAAAAUUUUGGAAAAUAAGGCUGAAAAAGAGUAGAGACAACUAUUAAAAAGCUGGAGAAGCACUUUUACAGACAUUGUGGAACAUUUUGUUUUAAAUGAGAUCCUUUAAUUUUUGUUUUUAUUUACAUUUUACAGUGUUCCAACUUUUUUGGAAGUGUGGUUGCAAAGUUAUCAAUAUCAUGUUCCUAUACAUAAUAGUAAUUGUGCUGUGGAUGUGUAUUAUUUUUAAAUAUUUACUGUAUAGUCUGAUUACUAAUAAAUGCUUAGCUUUUAA